AUGUCUUCAUCCUCCAUUUCAACCUCGAGAGGUCCCGAGGAGCAGACUUCUAGUUCUCCUUCGUCAGAUGCGAAGUCCUCGCCAUCCCCAUCACCUCCACCAUUCGCAUCUGGAGACACUGAUCCCAUAUCGCAAGCGGACAAAUCCUCGGCUGAACAGAAGGCGAAGUCUCAGUCGCUGGUAGAGAAGGAUGCAGAGCUGUUGGCGAAGAUGCAAGGACGGGACGGUGGGGAUCUGGCUGUGGAGCCGGGUGAGUGGAAUGGUCUGGCAAAGAAUGUGAAGGAUAAUAUGUUCAGAUAUAUCUGA